UGUCUGCUAAUUUUUGACGUUUGGCAGAUGGUGCAUUUUAGCGGUUUACUGCGAAUCGCGGUAAAACUGAGCUAAUAAAAAUUAAAUUAAUUAAAAAAUGGAUUAUCUUGGUGAUGAAUUAGAUGAAAAAAAGAAUGAUACACCCAGAAGAGCUACUAGAAACAGGAAUAAACCAAAAAAGUAUGAGGAGUUUUUAGACAUGUCACCAGUGAAAAGAAAUACAGGUUGUUAUCUUGAAAGUUCUGAUGAGGAGUUUGAUGAUGAAUAUGCAACACCAAAACCAAAAGCACUCUUUGAUGCAAAUGAUGUGAAAGGCCAAGAUGUAUUUAAAUUUAAAUCUCGUCAUACGAAAAAUGAUUUACAGAAUAAGGUUAAGGAGGCUGUUGGUAAUACCACUAACACUCCGAAGAAGACUCCAAAGAAAUUGAAUUUAUUGCAAAAAGAAACAGAAGCAACACCACAACAUGUAGUCAAUAUUAUAAGGAGAAGAAUUGUUCAAGCAGUCGAAAGAGAUAGUUCUGUCAGUGAUUUUUCUGGAAGUAGCAGUGACUAUAUACCAGAUAAAAGUGAUGAAGAGAGUAAGUAUUCGACGAGUGGCAGUGCUUCCGAUGUCGAAGAAGAAAGCAGUCCAAAUAAAAGAACUAAAACACAAGUAACCAGAAACAGAGGUGGUAAGAUGAAACAAAAGGACUCGGAGUAUUUUUUCACACCCGAUAAUUAUUUCAUGAUGAAUUCUAGUAAAAAAAUUACAACAUCAGAUCACACGUUAGCAAGACUGAAAAAUCUGAAUCUAAAUGAAAACGCAAAAGAAGCUGAUAUCCAUAUGUCUAAGGAACAUCAGCAAAGCGUAAUAAACCUCACAAAGUCGUAUGACCAACUCUUCGACAGAUGGCUUUAUGUAUUAAGCGAAAACUUCAAUGUCGUCCUAUACGGCAUCGGAUCUAAAAGACAAGUGCUUCAGAGAUUCCAGGCAGAGAAACUUAAGGAUAUGCCAUGUAUAGUAGUCAAUGGCUUCUUUCCCAGUCUCACUAUGAAGAAUGUUCUGGAAAAAAUUGUGGUUGAUCUGUUGGAAAAUACACACGUUCCAUCAAAUAUAGGUGAUGCGGUUAAUUUGAUCGAGGCUCAGUUGGAAGACUGCGGCGCACACUUGUUCGUCAUCGUGCACAACCUCGACGGAGUGAUGCUGCGCCCUGAGAAAGCGCAGUCCAUGUUCGCCAACCUGGCGCAACUGCGCAAUGUUCACUUGAUUGCCACCAUAGACCACAUCCGUGCGCCAAAUUUAUGGAAUCAAUCGAAACUCAGCAAGUUCAACUUCACAUGGUGGGACGUCACGACAUUCGUGCCGUAUAUUGAAGAGACGUCGUUCGAGAACUCUCUGCUGUCGCGACGCAGCGGCGCACUUCAGCUGGCGUCCCUUCAGAGCGUGUACCGGUCCCUCACUUCCAACGCCAAAGGAAUCUUGCAGAUCAUUAUACAAUACCAACUCGAGAACCACAAGCACUCACAUUAUCAAGGUCUGCCUUUCAAGGAGUUGUACUCGGCGGCGCGCUCGCAGUUCCUGGUGAGCUCGCAGGUGGCGCUGCGCGCGCAUCUCACCGAGUUCCUUGACCACAAGCUCGUGAAGCAGAGGCGCGCGGGCGACGCAGCCGACAAUCUGUUCAUGCCUAUCGACAGCGCCUUGCUGCAACAGUUCCUAGAUCAACUAACUACUACUGAGUGAUUUCAAAAUAAGAAUUGAAAUGAAACUGCGCCAUAUUUGUGGCGUCUUCAAUAAAUACAGGAUGUAAUUAGGACGCUAGCAUGAACGAAUAUAGGUGAUAUAGUACUGAUAUACCAUAAAAACGCGAUUUUUAUACAUAGGUCGAUUUUUAUACAUUUGAGCUCCAUACCUCAAAAGGAAAAACGGAAUCCUUAUAAGAUCACUUUGUUGUUUGUUGUGUUUGUUGACUGUCUGUCAAGAAAACCUAUGGGGUACUUCCCGUUGACCUAGAAUCAUGAAAUUUGAAAAUUCAUGUAUCAUAAAAAUUAAGUUCUAUAAAAAACGAGAUAUCUGCAGCAAAUAUCCAGACGUAAGCCCAGCGGAAUCCUGAAUAUCUUCGCAGUUUAAAAUUUUCAUCAUAGACGAUGUGAAGCUCUAAUAAAUUACUAAAAUCAAGAAAAUCGUUAUUAUUCCAUUGGGCUGACAUAUUUCCUUUCCUAUAAAAAUAUGUGAAGUAAAAGUAAGUAAAGAGUAAGUAAAUAAAACAAAUGAAAUUUGGAUGUAGUUUUUAUUUUACAAUCCCAGAAAUAAAGUUUUAAUAGGAUUAUAAUAUAUAUCAACAGACCAAGUUGUAAAUUACUUAAACUUAAUGACUUACAUAAUAUAAUAAAAUUAUUAACUAAAAUUCUCUUCAACAUUUAUCUGGCACAUCACCAUUAUGUAUCAACCAAACAUUAAUUAUAAAUUACAUUGUUAUAAUAAUUAUAGUGCAUUAUUAUUAUUAUUACUAUUUUAAAAUUUAAAAAUAUUAUAGAAAAAUAUUCUCGGAAAUCGCCAGAUGUCCAAAGAAUUUAAUCUAAUUCAAUUAAAA